UACAAGCAGUAUGAUGAAGCGCCUUCGAUCAUGUGAAUCGAAUUCAAAAAAUAAUAAUAAUAAAAGUUUAAGUAUUAAUGAAUAUUUUUCUUGUCGUGAAACUAAAUCUAUUCCACCAAGAUUUAAAAACAAAGUUUUAAAUACAACUGGUGAACUAGUUGCUAUGAAUAAUCGUGCAUUUGAACUUAUUGCAGGUGAUGGUUUUAUCAAUUUUACACAAACUAUAUUUGAUGCUGGACAAUUGUUAAAUUCACAAAAUAUUGAUGUUUCCGAUUUAUUACCACAUCCAACAACUGUAAGUGUGAGUUUUUGUGGUAUUUCUCUUCAUUUCUUGAAUGAAAAACUUCAACUGUACGUUUUUAUUUUGGGUUGUUAUCCAUAUGAUCGAGAGAAUCAAAAUGCAAAUCAAAUACGACAAUUUGUUGAUGCUAAAUUAUUGGAAUAUGAUUUAAUAUUGGACAACAAUAAAUUCGUGGUGACAGACAAUGAAAAUAAAAUGAAGUCUUGUUUUAAAGAAUCAUGCACCAGAAUCGGUUGUUCAAUUCAUUAUAUGAACAAGCAAUUAGAGCACUGCUUUACUUCGGAUACUCUAGAAAAAAUUCCAGUUAAUUGUGAUUUAGUUCAGGAAAUGUUCGAUUAUAUACGAAAAAUCGUAUCUCAUAUGAGAAGAACACACAAACAAUCAAAAUUACCACGUAAACUUCAAUCUUACUCUGAUACUAGGUUUAACGGUGCUUUUCGUACAAUGAAUGUGUUUUUAACAGUUUUUGAUGAUUUAGCUUGUGUUUUAGAUAGAACGUUUCUGGACGAUUAUACGCUAAUAGAGAAAGAUUUACUUGAAUAUGUUUGUUCAUUUUUAGCUCCAUUUGAAGAAGCAAUUGAAGAACUUAGUUGUGAUAAAAGACCAACAAUUUAUAAGGUGUUGCCAUUAAGACAGUAUUUAAUAAAUCAAUGUAAAAUACAUGCAGAUGAUCAUGAUGGAAUUCGUCAAAUUAAAAAUUUUAUAAGUACUCGUUUUCAAGAUGUUUGGGUGCUGCAAGAUAUACAUUAUAUUACCACCUUGUUGCAUCCGUCUUUUAAAAAUUUUGAUGUUAAUCCUAAUCUUCAAGAUAAAGUUAUUAAUUUAGUGAAAAAUGAAAUUAUUAAACGACAACCAUCAACAAGUGUUUUAUCAAAAUGUUUCGACUUGCCAAAGAAUGAUUUAAAAUUAUCAUUAAAUCCAUAUCAAGAAUUAGAUGAAUACAUGAAUUUGAACGUUCAAAUAAAUGAAGUUGAUGAUAUUUUGUUGUUCUGGUUAACACAGAAAUCAAAAUUUCCAACAUUAUUUUCGAUUGUACGAGAUUAUGAUGCCGUACCAGCAUCAAACACAACGGUAGAAAGACUUUUUUCGUCAUCAAAAUACACAGUUUCAGAUAAACUUUUAUUAAAAACAUUUGAUAAAAAAAGUGUUAUUGAAGCUACUGCAACUGAUACGAAAAGAAAAAUAACUGAUCCUGAUAAAAAAUCUACUGAUAUGUCAUUACAAAAUCAAAAACAAUUUAGAACUUCAACAACAGCAAAGAAAUUGAAAAAAGAUGAAGAAGAUGAUAUAGUUAUUUGGGAUGACGACGUGCAAGAUAAAGAAAACGACGAAUUUUAG